CAUACUGCAGACCCGCUACUGAGGUAGCAUUUUUGGGCGCUUAUAACGAAAAAGAAGUUAUAAAGCAAGAAGGCAAGGAGUCGAAAAAAGAAUCGAUUUCAUUAGAUAAAAAUAUCAAUGGGGUCCACGCAGAAGACACUAUCACAGAAAAAAGUGAUCAAUUGCCAAUAAAGCGUAAGGUAGAGAAACGUCAAAUAAAACCUUGCGCAAGGAACGCUAAGAUCCUAAGGGCUAACACAAAAGAUGUCACGGUUGCAAAGGAAGCAAACGAGAGUUUAAAAAUAUACCAAUCGAAUACUGCUAAUCCUCGUUGGGGAAAAUAUAAUACGUGGAACCUGGUAAUAAUGAUGUUGCUUUUCAUUUCAGCAAGAGCCUUCGGGAGUCCAGCAAACGGUCUAAUUGCAUAUGACUGUGCAAACGAUAAUAUCAACAUAACGAGUUAUUCGCUCACAAAAGUAGCUUCUUGUAUGCCUCAAUUCAAGAAUAUAACAACAGUAGAGACCAGAAUACAAGUAUUACAAAGAAGUCCAAAGACAGUAACUCACGUUCACCAAUGUAAGGUAAUAAUCAAGAGAACGAUUAAGCAUUGCGGAGCUUGGUCUCACACAUCAGAAUAUGAAAAAGGGUUUGCAUAUAUUAUAAAGGAAUUCACCCCAGGAGAAUGUAAAUAUGACCAAACGUUAGGUGAGGUUUCACUCUCUCUCAAUCACAGGGUUAGGGAAGUACGACGCAAUCAAACUACAAGAGGGCAAACGUUAGUCAUCGGCAGUGUCAAGGGCUCAGCGUGCGUCGGAGGACUCUACACGACGCCAUCUGGUAGAUGGGAAAACGCGUUGGUGUAUUACGAGUACGAGAUCAGUAUGUUCGACUAUACGGCAACGGUUGACAUCGAAGAAGACCAAAUAAUACUGCGAAAUGGCGUUGUAUGUCCGUAUAGUGUUGGUUGGUGUUUGGAUUCCGAGUACGGUUACCUCACCUGGGAGGUGGAUCAUAAAAAACUGUGCGAGAGAACUGAGUUCGAAAUCAUCUACGAGGGUACGGUCAACAAGACGUUCGGCAACGACGGGAUAGCUAAUACGAAUGCUGUGUAUACCUUACUGACAAACGAGCAAAUGUUUUCCAUAAGGGCUCGCGAUGUGAAGCAAAUCUGCGGCUUUGACAGCUAUAAAACGGACCAUCCGAGGAUAUUCAUACUUGAGUUAAACGGUUAUCAAUCGCCGUUUCAACGCAAGGCGGUAAAUGGGAGAAACUUGGAUCUCUUUACCUACUUCAACUCCAAAAUAACUUUAGUGGAAAGUUACCUCGGGCAAAAGCUGAACGACGUCUACACAACGGUGAUGACGGAAUUGUGCAAGGUCGACAAGGCGCUUCUAGAAACGAAGCUAACGCUAGCACGUCUGAAUCCUAGCGAAUUCGUUUCUAAUUUGAUUAAACGACCUGGGCACACGGCGGUAGUUGCCGCAGAAAUAUUGUACAUCCUUGAAUGCAAACCGGUGUUCGUUACCUAUGAGAAAAGAGAUGAAUGCUAUCAGGAAGUUCCGGUAAAAUACAACAAUCGCUCGAUGUUCAUAGCGCCAGUAACUAGAAUGUUACAACUGAAAGGCACCCAAAUAGUUUGCUCGCCAAUUCUUCCCGCGAAAUUUAACAUCGGAGGAAGAUGGUAUACAACAGAUCAAGGGCUACGAGAGACGACGGCACCGCAAGAGUUAACGACAGACAUCAUAACAAGCUGGUCCUAUACUCCAUUACCAAGUCUGAUGAAAAGUGGUGUUUAUGACUAUGAAAGUCUACAACAAAUGAAGGACAUGGUGUAUGAACAAAGCAAUAAGAGGAUCGCCUCUUCGGUCAUACACAAGAUGAUAUCUGGGCAGCAUCCAAACCUUCAAGGCUUCACGUUUGAUACUCUAAUUCCUGAGAAUAUCAUUCACGGCGCGUUCGAUAAAUACUGGUCUAAGUUCGUAUCAUGGUCGACGUGGCUGGGCAACGUCACGUCAACAGCAAUUGGCAUCUACAUGUUCACUCGAGUCGUUAAAUUCAUCGUAGACACCGUAAUUCAUGGUAGAAUCCUGUACGACAUCUAUGGCAUCGGCUGGCAGCUCUUAGCCGCAUUUUGGGAUUCGUUGACGAAUCUGUUAUCGCAUCGUAACCAUAUGAUGAAAAAGCGAUAUGAAAACGAAUCACCGGAAGUCGUCACAAUCAACGAGAACGACAAGGAAGAAACUCGAGUACCACGUCUUCCAAACACCAAAACCAAGCUAUACCCCAACAUAUGCGCCAUCGAUGGUCCUCAGUAGCAGCGUCAUCAUAGCAACGACAUCCUACAAGUAUGCCCACUCUUCAACUCGUCAGCUAAAGCAGCAACACGCGUCCAAUUCAGGUAUCAAUUCAAUAAGAGUGAAACUAAGUAGGAAUAAUGUCGCGAAAUUUGGUAAAACUAACAGGUAGUUUUACCAGGGGUGGAAUGUUACGGACGCGACAAAAUUCACAAGCGUACGCGUAAGAAAAUUGAUCUAUCGUAAGAAAGAAAAAGAUUUACUUUCACCAGGCAGGAGGCAUGCGAGGUUAAUCAAUAGCUGGCAUUGAAAAAUGUCACAUGGGGUUUUGGAUUAGACCAAAUUAGAUAAGAACAUUGGAAAGGUUUGUUCUACGGCAAUUAAAUCACGCGUUGCGUAGGUCAAGCGAAGGAGGUCUAAAAUGGAAAAUAGAAUAACCGACUCGAGUGCGUUCAACUCAGGGUAAGGAACGCAUGUGCAGCACAAUGACCUGCUUUCAAUGGCAUAAACAUUUAAUAACAAAAAAGGUUUAGGAUAGAGCACCAAAACAGAACCUAGCCACGUGUUUAUUUAGGAUGAAACCAAAAUAGGGAAAGAUCAACGCGAUCUAACGCAACCGCGUUGCGGUAAGCGGGCAAGUAAUAAACACGUGACAAAGGACGGCUUGUUCGAGCCUUGAUAUUUUAAACAAUCGACUACCCGAAAUAGUUAGGCAUAGGGCAUCUCGCAAUGCUAAUAUCGGUAAGGCUCCGACGCGAGUAAAACGGCAUCCAUCUACGAACGAGAGGAAAACAAAUAGCGAUAAGCGCCAUACGCCCGCAAGCCGUAGCAUAUGGCAGGCAAUAAUAAACUUGCACUUGAUCCUUAAAACAAUUCCAUCGGGUAACCGCUUGCAUCUGAGUAACGUACGCACAGAAGCGGUAAGGAAACACGCGCCUAUGCGCUCGGUGCAAUUAACUAAACAAGGCCGAAUCGGAUCGCAUUACAGAAUCCUAAACUAACAUUAGGAGGUAAACUAGGAUUUACCCUUACGUUCUUGAAACUAACACACACUUACUGCGUGUAGAAUAAGAACUAAUACCAUUAAACUUUGUUAGUAUAUAAGCUGGAUAAUUUUCAAUAAAACUUCACUUGUUAUCCGAACUUGGAACCUACGAGUCUUUUCUGUAGGCGAUUCGAGCGGCACUCCACAUUAGGAAUUGAUAUUGAGUUUUCAAUACACAGCCUACUGUCAGAACUGCUCAAUCGCCGAUCUACGGAAAAUAGCCUAUCAACGGCAAAAGAAACUUGCGCAAGAAGUUUCCAGUUGACUAUCCUUCGCGUAGUCAACUUAAUACGGCGGACCGUAGUCCGAUUUGUUCCCGUCAGCAACAAAUGGUGGCUCCAGAGAGGAGUUUGCAAUAGCUUGCGCGAAAUUGCAUUCUCUGUGACCGAAUCACGUAAGAAAGGUGUGCUGUCGCCAAAAGAACAGCAAUAUAGUUCUGUGUAUCAAGUGACUAGUGAAGACGGCUAAAAAGUGAUUAAGCGUCGCAACAAUCUAAGUCAGUAGAAGAGCAGAACUUUCAGUAAGGCAGUUACAAGUGACGUUAAAACUGAUGGUGAAAAAUUGAUAAGAAGUUUUCAGUUAUUUAGUUACUAAACGAACGAAAGAAAUCGUUCAUAAACACUAUACUUAAACUUCUACUAUCGUGA